AUGUAUGUGCAGAUUCUGGAUGAAGGAGAUGAAGUAAGUAAACUCAUGAAGCAAAUCAAAGACAAUGAAAACAAUCUAAAAUCCAGAAUUAGCGAAUCAAUGGUACAGGUCUGCAAUCUGAAAAAGGAGGUGGACUUUUUACGUGCCCAACAAUUUGAUGCCCGAGGAAGUGUAACAUGUGAAAGCAAUGAAUCUUUUGAUAUUACAAAUGUAAUGAAGCCGGAAUGCGGUUCCCUUCAUGGACAGAAAACCGAAUUAGAGAUUCUACUCGAGAGGAAAUCCAAGGAAAUAUCCCGGUAUCAUAUUCAAGUGAAAUCCCUGAAAGAGGAAAUAGCUAGAAAGAGUGCUUUUGAGCUGGCAAUGGUGGAAGAAAAUCGACUGUUGCAGGUGCAGGUGAUGCACUUGGAUUCGGAGGUGGCUGCUCUAAGCAAACAGAAAAUUAAAUCAGAAGAUGAAUUUAGGAGUUAUAUUCAUGAAAUCAAUCAAUUGAGCCAGGAAAAUAAUCACCUGAAUUCCAGAAUUCUGGAAUUGGAAGCACUAUUUAGAGAGAGGGGCCUUGAGAUUAGAAGGGUUAAUGAAACUGCUCGGAUGUAUCCCAUGGACAUGGAUAAAAAUGCAGAGUUGCAGAUUGCCGAUCAGCAGAGAAUGAUGAAAGAAAUAGAGGAAAAUACAUACAACUCCAAGCUUUUCAGACAAUUGUCUAAAGGAAACAAGCCUAAUUACCAUAUCCUAGAAAGAAAGAUGGAGGAUUUAGCACAAGAGUUCUACCAGAAAGUCGACGAUAACAUCAUGCUUUUGAGCCUUAGGAUCUCUGUUGCUGAAAAAACACAUUACGACAACAAAGAGAGUUACAAUAACAUGAAAGAAAGGCUAGAGCAAGAAAAUGAAGCACUGAAACAAAAGCUUGCCACUUGUGAAGAAGAGUUAGAUAAGCUGAAGGAUGAUGCAGCGGCUCGUUCGAAGUUCAUGGUGAACAAUGUACGAGUCCAUGAAAAUCCUGCGACCCGCAUUCUGAAAGCCGUGGGAGAGCUUGUAUCUACUAAGAAAAACAGAAAAGAGAAGUUGAAGGGUAAUGUGGAUUUAUUUGUGGCAGAAAUGGAUAAGGAAAACAAGGCGGUCUCGAAUGCGGAAGCUAGAUUGUACGAGGAAGAAGAACAGAAGUCGAAGCUGUUGAAAGCUGUGAGCAUGCUUGAGAAUAGGGUGGUGGAAUUGGAGAAGAUUAACAAAGAAAAAGAUGAGGCAUUGUUGAGCCGUGCAGAAGAGAAGAGGGAAUCCAUAAGGCAGCUGUGUUUGUUGAUAGAGUACCACCGUAGCCGCUGUGACCAUCUCAAGGACUUGGUCUCAAAGUUGAUUGUUAGAAUCUAA